AUGCUCACAUCCAAGGUCAUCUGUGAUGACACUUACUUCUUCCCCACUGCUGGAUCUUCAUGUCACCGUCUUUUUGUAUCCACUUUCAUGCUCGCAUCCAAGGUCAUCUGUGACAAUACUCACUCCUUCCCCACUGCUGGAUCUUUAUGUCACCAUCUUUUUGUAUCUGCUUUCAUGCUUGCAUCCAAGGUCAUCUGUGACGACACUUACUCCUUUCUCACUGCUCAGAGAUCUUCAUGUCACCAUCUUUUCCUAUCUACUUUCAUGCAUGCAUCCAAGGUCAUCUGUGACAACGCUUAUUCCUUCCCCACUGCUGAAUCUUUAUGUCACCAUCUUUUUGUAUCUGCUUUCAUGCUUGCAUCCAAGGUCAUCUGUGACAACACUUACUCCUUCCCUACUGCUGGAUCUUCAGGUGACCAUCUUUUCAUAUCCGCUUUCAUGCUCGCAUCCAAGGUCAUCUGUGACAACACUCACACCUUCCCCCCUGCUCAGGUGAGUUUGCCUUCCCGACACUGA